CACGACAACAUAUCAUAUGCUAUAAAAAUGUUGUUUGAUGAAUCAAAAUUCAUAGGUUGGUUGAUAGCUACGAUGGCUUCUCUAACUUUUCCUUUUCCUUAUUCGUACGUUGUUCUGCUGAUUGUUCUCCUCUUUCUCUCAUCUUUGUUCACUGCUACUUCUUCAAACUGUGGUGGUUCUAGUGUGAACUUAACCUCCUCUCUAAACAGCAAAGAUUCAACGACAGCAUGGAAUUCACCUUCUGGCCACUUUGCCUUUGGUUUCGAAUCAGUUCUAUACGACAACAAGGAGUUCAUGUCCGUGCUUGCAGUUUGGUUUGCCAAAGACCCCAACAAAACCAUGGUUUGGUAUGCAAAGCCAGGAAAAGAAAAAACUCAUCUUUUUCCGUUAGGAUCAACAGUGAAUCUCACAAGCAAAGGAAUUGUCGUGUAUGAUCCAAAGGGUCAUGACAUGUUGUGGCAACGUCCAGAAAACAACACUGAUUCUUUAGUAUCAUGUGCUUUUGUGCUAGACAAUGGAAGUUUUGAGCUUGUGGAUGAUGAUGGGAAGAGGGUUUGGGAGAGCUUUGAGGAGCCCACAGAUACUAUUUUGCCUGGUCAGAAUCUGUCUAGGCCUAGAAGCUUCAGAGCACGCCAAUCUGACACGAGUUUUGAUGAUGGGAAUUUUGAACUCAGUUGGCAGGGUGAUAGCAAUUUGGUUCUUUACCAUUCUCCAAAAUCAAGCAACGAUGAUGCUGAAAGCUCUCAGUCUCCAACACACGACGCUUACUGGGCCACUGGAACUGUCGGAACUGAAUCACAGCUUUUCUUUGAUGAGUCUGGACACAUGUACAUAAAAAAUGGCACGGGCACAGUGAUCAGAGAUAUCACAAAUGGUGGAUCUGAUGAGUUCUUUUACAUGGCUAGAAUUGACCCUGAUGGGGUUUUCAGACUAUAUCGGCACCCAAAAGAUGAGAACAAAGCUGUGGCUAAUAGUUGCAGUUCAACGUGGUGGAGUGUGGAGCAAAAGCAUCCAGAUGAUAUUUGCCUUUCCUUCACGAAGCAAACUGGGAAUGUUAUCUGUGGUUUUAACAGCUACUGUGUUAGCAGCGGUGAGAGGACUAAUUGUGAGUGCCCGGAGCAUUAUUCUCCUUUCGAACAUGACAAUCUCAUAGGUUGUAGACCAGAUUUUCCACUGCCCAGUUGCAACAGAGACGGGUGGGAGCAGAAUAAGGAUCUUGUAGAUUUCAACGAGUAUCCCAAUUUGGACUGGCCUCUCUCAGAUUAUGAUAAGUUUGAAACUGGAAUGGACAAGGAUUUGUGCAAACAAAGGUGCCUUGAAGAUUGCUUUUGUGCUGUGGCCAUAUAUGGUGAUGGAAGCUGUUGGAAGAAGAAGUAUCCAAUGAGCAAUGGAAGGAAGCACGCGAAUGUGACUAGAAUAGCUUUUGUCAAGGUGCCUAAAACAGAUUUAAACAAUGAUGAAAAAGAACAGACUACACUUGUGAUUGUCAUAUCAAUACUCCUUGGAAGCUCAGUGUUCAUCAAUGUCCUUCUACUUGUUGCUUUGUUUGCUGCUUUUUUCAUUUUCUACCACAAGAGGCUUUUGAACAGUCAGAACCUGUCAGUUGGUACAGUCAGUCACUUUACCUACAAGGAGCUUGAAGAAGCAACCACAGGGUUCAAACAAAUGUUGGGUCGAGGUGCUUUUGGAAAAGUUUAUAAAGGGGUGUUGAGAUCAAACGCAAGCAGGUAUGUUGCUGUGAAGAGGCUAGACAAGGUUGUGCAAGAAGGUGAGAAGGAGUUCAAAACAGAAGUGAGUGUGAUUGGACAAACCCACCACAGAAACUUGGUUCGUCUGUUUGGUUAUUGUGAUGAAGGGGAGCAUCGUCUUUUGGUGUAUGAGUACAUGAGCAAUGGUUCAUUGGCUGGUUUUCUCUUUGGGAUCUCAAGGCCUCAUUGGAACCAAAGAGUGCAAAUUGCUUUGGGGAUUGCAAGGGGGCUCACGUAUUUGCAUGAAGAGUGCAGCACUCAGAUAAUUCACUGUGACAUAAAGCCUCAGAAUAUACUCCUGGAUGAGUUUUUCACUCCAAGGAUUUCUGAUUUUGGCUUGGCAAAGUUGUUGCUGGCUGAGCAAACUAAAGCUGCUAGAACUGGUUUGAGAGGGACAAUUGGUUACUUUGCACCAGAAUGGUUUAGGAAAGCUACAAUCACAACCAAAGUAGAUGUUUACAGUUUUGGAGUGGUGCUGUUAGAGAUCGUAUGUUGCAAGUCAAGUGUUGCAUUUGCGUUGGAAAGUGAAGAAGAGGCACUCAUAGAUUGGGCUUAUCGAUGUUAUAGCCAAGGGAAUGUAGCUAAAUUGGUGGAAAAUGAUGAGGAGGCAAAGGAUGAUAUGAAGAGGCUGGAGAAGCAUGUCAUGGUUGCAAUUUGGUGCAUUCAAGAGGAUCCUUCACUCAGACCUUCCAUGAAAAAGGUUACACAGAUGCUUGAGGGUGUUACAACAGUUUCUGUGCCACCUUGCCCUUCUAUAUUCACUUCAUCUUCUUUUUAAACUGCAUCAGGGUGUUAUUUACAACAGUUUUUGUCAAUACUCAGUCUGUAACACAUUGCAUUGCAAUUCUGCUAAUUUAUUUCACACUGCACUAUUUCAU